ACUGUUUUUCUUUGAUCCCAAACGCUCUUCUUCUGCGAAUGCCGCUGAUUUUUUCAACUUCGGCGCUCCUCCACCUGAGCCUGAACGCACCAUCGAACUUGCUCAGGAAGGAUUCAGAAAAAAUGCAGAAAAUAUAAAAAGAAUUAAAGAGAUGAUGAUAGACAAGAAAUUGUGGAAAGAAGGAGGGAAAGAGCUAAGGAGAAGUGCAUCAAACAUGAAGCAAGACUUUUACUUAAUCAUCCAAGCAAAGCCUCCUAAGGAUAGACCUCUUUUUAGGUCUCUUUAUUCCUCUCUCUUUAAUUCAAUCACCAAGAUGGAUUAUGCAGCAAGAGAUGAAGAUGAAACUAAGGUAUUGGAGUACUAUAAGAAUAUUGUUGCAAUCCUCGAUGAUAUCUUCCCUCGAAUUUAAUUUUGAACAAUAAUAUUAAUUUAGGCAAUCAAUUCGCAUUUGUUGU